ACUCUCCUCCUCUUUUGAGUUUCUCUACAACAAAAAAAACUCAUCAUAACCUCCUCCAUCUCCAUUCCUCUCUCUCUCUCUCUGAACCACUACCUCUUCCUCUCUCUAUCUCUGACAUGGAUUCCGGCAAUAGUAGUAGCAUGCAAUCCUCAAGCGGCGGUGGUGGUGGAGGAGAUCAAGAAGAGUACGACUCACGCGCCGAUCAAUCAAUCUCUGCUUUAUUUAACCACAACAACAACACAACCACCGUCUCCUCCAACAUCGCCGUUCCAACACAGCUCGACGCUCUCAUAGCUAACUAUUUCAACAGUGCUUGGUCAACGGAUAAUUCUCUCUGGUCGACAACGGCUACAAAGCCCACUGAUGGCUCAAGACCAGUACCACCGCCGAUCUCAUCAGAACAAGUCUUCUUCACAAACCCACUUCAACAAAAUCUGAGAACAGUUCCAAACACAAACACAAACACAAACACAACUAGUCCCAUUUGUUCCGUCCCAACCGACAAGAAAAACGGUCUCGCGACAACACGGAAUCCAAAGAAGAGAUCUCGAGUCUCGAGACGAGCGCCUACGACUGUUUUGACCACCGACACAUCCAACUUUAGAGCCAUGGUUCAAGAAUUCACCGGUAAUCCUUCAACUCCUUUCACCGGAUUAUCGUCAUCUUCUCCUUUUCCAAGAUCAAGAUUUGAUCUCUUCGGUUCUUCUUCUUCAUCCUCACGACCCAUGAAACCCUUUCCUCACAAACUCAUCUCUCCAUCGACGGUGAAUAAUCAUUACCUUCCUCCUUCUUCAGAGUAUCAUCAGCAUCAAAAUCUUCUCCUUAAUAUGAACACGCAAAACAUUGCAAACCCUUUUCUCAGCAACCAAUCUCCCAACAACCAUUUAACGAAUCAAUCCCUUCUAUGUGAAAAGUCGAAACCUUCGAGCUUGAGAACGAGUAAUGGUUUUGGACACGUUAACGUUGGAACAAACUUUGAGGGGCUGCACAACAUUAUCGUCUCUUCAUCAUCAUCGAUGACACAGCCAACCCUAAAUACUAUCCAUGGAUCAGGCAAGAAUACUGAAGCCGAAAAUGAUAAUGAUCUCUUAAGAUCCAUCAAUGAAAAUGAUCAAUCCAUGGUGCAAAGAUCGGAUGGUUACACACAACCUGGUGCUUCUGGAUCGGAGGUGAGAAAUGAAGGUAUGGUGGAAUUAUCAUGGAUCUCUUCUUCUGAUUAGAUGCAUCUAACACUUUUACAUUAUGGUCGUAUUUAUUAUUACUUACCAUAAAAAAAAUGAAUUAGAAAAUCUUAG